UUGCACUACGGGACCCUCCUGGGCAGCAGAGCUUGUGCCCACAUGGCAGCAGCCGCCUGGGCCACUGCCUUUCUCUAUUCGCUGCUGCACACAGCCAAUACAUUUUCCCUGCCCCUCUGCCAUGGCAAUGUCCUGGACCAGUUCUUCUGUGAAAUUCCUCAGAUCCUCAAGCUCUCCUGUGCCAAAUCCCACCUCAGGGAACUGGGGCUUCUUGCUGUAAGUGCCUGUUUGGUAUUUGUUUGUUUUGCAUUCAUUGUUUUCUCCUAUUUGCAGAUCUUCAGGGCAGUGCUGAGGAUCCCCACUGAGCAGGGACGGCACAAAGCCUUUUCCACCUGCCUCCCUCACCUGGCUGUGCUCUCCCUGUUCGUCAGCAGUGUAUCAGUUGCGUACUUGAAGCCCCCCUCCCUGUCCUCCCCAUCCCUGAAUCUGGCCCUGUCAGUUCUGUACUCAGUGGUGCCUCCAGGGCAGGGGGGAUAG